AUGUUGCCAUUGCCCAGGAAGCAUCUGACACCACCCGUGGCAGACCCAACCCGUGCCUUCUACGAGUCGCUGCUGGAAGAGAAGCCGGACAGCGCCAUCGCAGUUCGAUUCUGUGUAGAGCACGGUGUGAAGCCACUGGAAGAGCACAAGAAGCUGCUGAAGAAGUACAACUUGCUGAGAGAGAAGGGGGCAUUCAGCGUAGCGACCAAGAUCAAACGAGCACUGGAAAGGAAAGGGGACAAGCUGGGCAUUAAGAAGGAAAAGAAAGACAAGAAGGAGAAGAAGGAGAAAGGAAGCAAGGAGAACGCUGCUCAGAACUCUGAGAAGGCGUAG